CCGCAGAGUAUUCCGGUGACCGAGCUAUCCGAGACCAUCGUCGGUACGGGAAGCGGCAUCACUCAGCUUCGAUCCGAUCCGCCCAAGCCGAUCCGGUUCUAGCGAGAAAACAGCUUGAAAGUCCAGCUCGAGUUAACAAUAAUCAUCGGCGUCAGAAUUUUACUGGCGGACAACCUGUUGCCAUUGCCGAAGGUGGAGAAGAAGAAGAAGAAGAACAAGCCCCUCCGCCAGCAGUCGUCCGAUCGAGUGCGGUUGUUAUUGACGGUGGACAAUCGGUGGCACCGUCUGUCAUCUACGAAACGUCAUCGUCAUUGGCAUUGCGCUAUGAUGGUGGAUUGAAUUCUCAUCGACAGAAUCAUCCGCACCAAUCAGUAGUAGCAAUAGCAAGAGCGGGAGCAAUUGCCAACAACAACAAGGGUAAUCUGCACCACAGUCAGCCUCAGCUGAGCCAUCAACAAUUGGCUGCGAGUACGACAAGUUCUGACUAUAACCGGAAUCAUCAGCUACAGGCUAAAACUGGUAGCAGCAGUGGUCAUAUAAAAUAUCAACCACCGCAAAAGGCAUCAACAGCAACGACCAAACGCAAGAGAGAAACAGCUGAGUGCGACUGUGGUUGCGUCGAAAGUGCUACGGUCGUUGUGACCACCCCCACAACCAACACCUCCAUCGGUAACGACACCGGUAGCAACAAUAACAACAACAUCAAGGACUGCGACAGCGGCGGCAGUACCGUUGUAGUAGCUGCUGUUUCCUCGGGGGCUAUGGGCGCCCCAUCCAACGGCUCCAAGACGGCACAUUCAAAGGUUGCAACCGGAGGAGGUCAUGCCAACACGCAGACCUCCAGCAAGCGGUCGAGCAGCGGAGCCGACGGCGACUACCAGUUGGUGCAGCACGAGGUGCUCUACUCCCUGUCUGCGCAGUACGAGGUGCUAGAGUUCCUCGGCCGGGGCACGUUCGGGCAGGUGGUAAAAUGCUGGAAGAAGGGCACAAGCGACAUCGUCGCCAUCAAGAUCCUCAAGAACCACCCGUCGUACGCGCGGCAGGGUCAGAUCGAGGUAUCGAUCCUGUCCCGGCUCAGCCAGGAGAAUGCCGACGAGUUCAACUUUGUGCGGGCGCUGGAGUGCUUCCAGCACAAGAACCACACCUGCCUGGUGUUUGAGAUGCUGGAGCAGAACCUGUACGACUUCCUGAAGCAGAACAAAUUUUCGCCGCUGCCGCUCAAGUACAUUCGACCGAUCCUGCAGCAGGUUUUAACGGCGUUGUUAAAAUUGAAACAACUCGGUUUAAUUCACGCUGAUCUGAAACCCGAAAACAUUAUGCUGGUCGACCCGGUUAGGCAACCGUACAGGGUAAAGGUGAUUGAUUUCGGUUCGGCGUCUCACGUCAGCAAAACGGUGUGCAAUACGUACCUGCAGUCGCGCUACUAUCGGGCGCCGGAGAUCAUCCUCGGGUUGCCGUUCUGCGAGGCCAUCGACAUGUGGUCCCUCGGCUGUGUCGUGGCGGAGCUGUUCCUCGGAUGGCCCCUGUAUCCGGGCUCCUCUGAAUAUGAUCAAAUCAGGUACAUAUCGCAGACACAGGGUCUCCCAACCGAGCACAUGCUGAACAGUGCCAGCAAGACGGCCAAAUUUUUCUACCGGGAUGUCGAUUCCACCUAUCCCUUCUGGCGGUUGAAAACGCCUGAAGAGCACGAGGCGGAAACCAACAACAAAAGCAAGGAGGCUCGCAAGUACAUCUUCAACUGCCUGGACGACAUCGGGCAGGUGAAUGUGCCGACCGACAUCGAGGGUGGCCAGCUGCUGGCGGAAAAGACUGACCGACGGGAAUUCAUCGAUCUCCUCAAGCGGAUGCUCACCAUCGACCAGGAACGAAGGAUAACACCGGGCGAAGCGCUGAACCAUCCCUUCACCACGUUGGCCCAUCUGGUGGAUUAUGCCCACUGCAACAACGUCAAAGCGUCCGUCCAGAUGAUGGAGGUGUGCCGAAGGACGGACUCAAUGAUCCACACUUACAAUUUAAGCGUUCAACCCACAACGGCCACCUUGGUGACGAACUUUGUUCCGAACGCCACCGAGAACAUGACCAUCACGUUCAACAAUCAGGUGCAGCGGAUCGUACGGGAGCGUGGUCCCACCUACGACAACCAUCUGUAUCAGAUCUACCGCGGCCGAAACGUCGGCGGUCAGUACAGUAACGGACGGCCGGAUGCAUUCCAGCACCAGCUGGUGUCCAGCAUCCUGUGUCCGCCCGGGUACCAAACGAUGCCCAGUCCGACGAAGCACGUCGUGGUCGGGGGCACUUCAAUGCAACCGCCCCUACAAGUCCCACCGCAGCAGUACGUCAAUGUUCCUGUUCCUGUUUCGAUGGUCGAACCGUCGUCGGGUCAGCGCAUGCUACUGACCAAUGCGGUUCAACCGAACGUUGCCUGGCCGCAGAGUGGACGCCAGGUGGCGAUUGUGCCAUCCUGGUCACAGCAAACCGGACCGCACUCGUUGAUCGUCGAUUCGGCGCCGUUUCUCAACGUGGAGGAGAUCUACCCGAAGCCACACCUCAACAUCCAGACCCGGCACCCGGAGCCGAAGAAGGAAUCACCGGUGCAUCACUUGGUCGUCUCCCGUCACGACAAGAAGGAGAACAACCAACUAUCGCCGGUGAAGAAGCGCGUCAAGGAGAACACUCCUCCCCAUCAACAGCGGUACAACAGCAAUCGGAACACACACAUGUGCCAGCAGUACCACGACGCGGGUGGGUCGUCAUCUUCGUCGUCGUUCUAUCACGGCGGCAACGGUGGCAAUAACGGCAACAGCAGCAGCAAUAGCAAUCAACUGCAGAUCCCACAGCAACAAAUCCAGCAACAGCCACCACAUCACCACCAUUCGUCACAACAACAGCAGCAGCAGCAGCAGCAGCAACAACAGCAGCAGCAACAGCAGUCACAGUCUAGCCAGCUGCAACAGGCCAGUAGCAGUGGUAACCAUCAUCAUCACCAUCACUAUCAGCAAAUCGAUUCCGGUUCGAUGGGUGGCGGUGGUAGCGGUAACGGAAAUGGUGGCAGUGGCAGCGGUUUGGGCGGAUCGAACAAUGUACAAAUUCACCAUUCGUCUUCGUCUUACGGAGGCAAUGGGAGCAGCAGCGGCAUGAUGAUGGGCAGUGGUAACAUCCAUCAUGGAUCGAGCAGCGGAAAUCAUCACGGUAGCGGAGGUCACAUACACCAUAGUCACAGUAGCAGCCACAAUAGUAAACAGCAAACGAUCACGAUCCAUGAUACUCCUUCUCCGACGGCGGUAAUCACCAUCUCGGAUAGUGAGGACGAAACAGCGGAUGUGAAGCAGUUGAUUAACAGUUCCAAAUCGCAACAGCAUCAGUCUACCGGUAUGUGUGGAUCAAGCCAGACCAGUCAGCAGCACAUACGAGGUCAUCCGUCGACGAAUAGCAGUUCCUCGUCCAGCAAUCAAUGUCGAGCAAAUAUGAGUAUGGGUGGUAAUGGCAGCAGUAGCAGCAGCAGCUGCGGAGUUAAACCUUCUUCGUCGUCGUCGUCUAAUAUCCACCAUUCGUCGUCGUCUUCUUCAUUGGCAGCGCUGAAUCAACAGCCACCGCCGCCAAGUGGUAGCAGUUCUCAUCACCAUUCGCAUUAUCACUUGCAGCAGGUACCGCAAUCGCACAUGCAGCAGCAGCAACAGCCACCGCAGUCGCAACACCACACGAGUGUGAUCAGCAGUGGCAGUCAGGUUGGAAGCAGUAGCAUGUGCGGUGGAGGAAGCAACAACCAGUCGGGAACUUUGUCCAGUAGACAACGCAAGAGUACGGCUGUGGCGUCCACCUCGACGGCAUGUGUCACCGUCGGUGAUAGUGAUGGAGAGAACGAUCGGCGCAAUACGCCUAAGCAUCAGACUAUAAAGUACGAGCACCAUGCAGGUCAAUCGCAGAAGAAGCGCCUGCUGGCGAUGGCCCAGAACGAAUGCCUGCUGUCGUCGUCCACCAACCAGUUGCACGUGCCGAAGCAGGAACCAACAGAAUUUGUUGCCUACGAGUAUCCCCAGAUGGACAAGCGCUCCUCAUGGGCUCCACCGGGUUCGUCGUCGCACUACGGAGGGAACAACAAUAGCAGCAGCAGCGGUCACAAACGGGAAUCGUCCGCCUACAUGCCAUCGUCAUCGUCGUCGUCUUCGUCGGCCAAUCAGGGAGGCAGCAGUGGUAUGGGUGGAGGCCCUAUGGGUGGUUCGACACUUGUGACGGUUCCACCACAUGCCCAUGCCAAGAACACACCAACGGGCGGCAGUGGUUCCUCGUGGGGAGCUCCGGUCUACCGUCAGCAUCAGCAAAGCUCCAAUACACCGUUGGGCAGUUCACCGGGAGCGAUCUUGCAGCAGCAGGACAUUUACGCGCAGGGAGACAUUUACCGGCGGUCGGCGGUGUUUGUGGCGCAGGCACCGUACCAGACGUACAACCGGGUGGUUCCGCCGCCGGCGCACAACGCUUCCAGUCGACAGGUUCUUCCGGCGCAUCCGCUUCCGGCGCACAUCCAGUUCCCGACGCAGUACAGCCAGUUUGGUCCGCUUAGUCCGGCUCAGAUUGCCAACAAACACUACUGGUUCGGCGAGUAGACUAGUGCAACGGAUACAAGGCAAGGUAGCAGUAGGAGCUACAUUCUUCCCGAAGAUGACUUGGUAUUUGGUUGGGAAAUACCCCUUGACGUGUGGCUUGCGGUUCAGGGGUAUCCACGGUGAAUUUUCGUCAUUUUUCUUUUAAACAUACAAAAGAGGGGAAUUAAUGGCGCUGUAGAAGAAGGAGGGAAGGCCGCAGCAGUUGUCGCUUUUAGUAGUCGCUCGAAUUAAGAGCUAGAGGGUAAGAUAUGGCUUUGUAAAUUUUCCCCGAGACACGAGACGAAUCAAGUUUUUUCUUUUUUUAAUUCGAUUGCAUUCUGUCUCAAUUGCCUUAUCGCGGAUGUGUAUACAAAAUGCUUUGUCGUUAGGAGGGUUUCUUUGUGUGGUCUUUUCUUUGUACAAAUGCAUUCAUAAUCGAAGACUAGAGAGAACGAGAGAUUAGGCAAGGAGUUAUAGAUGUUGAGUUUCCUAAUAUUUGUUAUCAUAUUACAAAUCACACGUUUUGCGCGCGUAAUACAAUUAUAAUCCACCUUCAUACACAUACGUUCAUUGUAAUGCAGAACUAGAGACAUGAAAUAUGCAAAACGUGUUUGGGUAUAUUCUACUAGUAAGAGUAAUCGAUAGAGGAAGGGAGAAGGUAAAUUAUGGCUUAGAAUGUCCGUCAUCUAAUUAACCUAUACAACUCAGAUAGCGUUUAGGAUUUGGUCCCAUCGAAAUAAGUGACACGGGGAAUGGCUUUUUAGGUUUUGCAAACAGUAAGGACGUCAUAGGAGCGAGAAAGAGAUCGAGGGAGGGAAAUUAUUUACUGAAUGUGAUUAUUUUAUCUACUACCUAGGUAAUAGUCGUUAGUGGUUUAACGUAUAUCUUUCUAAUCAAUUUUUUUUUCACGUAUUUUGGUGAGCAUGAGUCAGUGUAAACAAAUGAAAAUAACCAGACGAAACGAAAAAAAAAAAAACAGCAGGCAAAUUACAAAUACACUCAAACACAGUCGAAGUAAAAUAAUUAAAAACAAUACAUUUAAAGAUCUCACACAUUUAUACUAUUUGAGUGCGCCGCCCCCCCAACCUUCUUAAGUUGAGGAAGGGAGAAUUAUCAAACUUAUUACAACUUAAAGCAUCAAUAGAGUUUUUCGGUUUUGCGUGUGUGAACGUUUCCUGUUUUUAACACUUGGACUCCCGCAACACAAAAUUUGGCGAAGGCGUGAAAAGCGAGCGGAGAAAAGCUCAAAUACAAAUUAAGCGAGUGAUCAGUUCUUGUUUAUUCUGUAAAUAGUAUUUGGUAGUGUUAUCUAAGGCGCGGGGGGACGUGAGAGAGCAGCGUUUAGUACUAAACCGAGCAACCGAGUGGGAAAUACUGAAAACAAUAAUAUAUUUUUGUGCAUAUUUUAUAUUUAUAUAUAUAUCUGUAGGCGAAAACAAAGGAAGUGAGAAGUUGGAGAAAUUAGGGAAGAAAUAAGGGCAAAAUGAAAAUAAAUGUCGACACGAAUGUAAAACGCUUUGGCAAACCACGAAGAUGUUUGGAAGAACGAUUAUGAUUGUUUUUUUUUCUCUCGUUUUUGGAACUGCCUUAGGGCUUUUUUUUUCGUUCAAUCACCAUCAUCAGGAAUUAGGAAAUGAAGAGGUUGAAUAAUGUGUAUAGGACGGACGGCGGUUGGUUAGCAGUAGAACUGAGUGGAACAAUUGGAUCUAUUUUGGUUUUUACGGAUCAGUUCAGUUAAUGGAAAUGGUCGGGUAUGUUGAUAAGAUGCUUGUGUCCAUAACAUUUGUUCACACUAGCUGUUCACUGAGGUAAAAGAACGAAAGAAUUCCAUAAGUACCACUGAUCAAUUUUCGACAAAAGGAUUUCUUAUGGAAAUCAAGUUUGGCUUACGAAACAGAAUUCAAAAUUUAUCUUAUGAAACUUGAAAAAAAGUAAUGGUCCUUAUAACGGGUGUACCUGUGGCGCACACAGUCAAUUCCCUUGCGUAUGACGUUUACACACUACUGCCAUCUGUUCAGCGUACUACCCACCACAGUGUGCUCAACAGAUGGCGAUAAUGUUUCAGCGACGAUUUUUUACAGUGAGAAAUAUUCAAUGUGUUAUGUAUGUUUGUCUGUGGUCGCUAUAUUCAUAGUCUGGCGGAUAGAAUCUCGGGAACCAAUUGAGCUGUCAAAUAGCGGAACCAAUCGAGCAAAUCACGACCAACAACAUAAAAGAGCACAUCAGCUAUUGCGAACAAAACUUCGGAAACCGUUUUCUCGUGACUCAAGGCUCGCCUACACUAAGUAACACCAUCUUUGGGUUGGGGAAAGUUUCCCCUAUCCGAUGAUGCUGCCGAGGAUGCUGCGAUAAUUUGCGUUCGAUUGGCGAGGAAAGAAUAAUCAACGUUUUGUUUAUAAAAGUUGAUAGUACCUUUUCAAAUGUUGAUCUACAAUACAUUGAAUUGGUUCCGCUUUUCGAUGGAACAAAAUUCUAUCCCCCAGACUAUAAAUAUAGCGACUAUAGUGUAACUGCAAGGUGAAACCUAAGACCAGACAGGACAUCUGGCUUCUUUUUAUUCUUCAUUCGCUCCUGCAGUCCCUGUUGAACAUUAUCCGUGCUAAAUCAACACAAACAGUUCUGACAGUAAUAUUGAGCACAUCUAAAACAAAAAAAAAACAAUCUUGAAGUCAAAAAUCAAUCAAUUAGCGACUGGAUCCAAAUCUAUACCCCAGUUGUCUCCCCAUAGGGUGAUCCCCCUAGGGUGAAACGAAGCAUGAGUUAUGAACAUCAUAAAAGUGUCUUAUGAAAUUAAAAUUAUUCAGGUCCACAAGUCAUGUCUUACGGGGAUGGCCCAGGCGUAGUGGUUAACAUCCUUACCUAUCACGUCAAAGUCACGAGCUCAAAUCUCAUCUCCGAAAAAAAUCACGAAUGCCCCAAGAGUUUUUUCACAGAGAACAGACAUCCAAGUCAAAUUCCUGAAGUGUGUAAGAAAUUUAACUGCUUUUUUGAAUAGACUAGCAAUAUCGUGGUGGCGCUAGUGUCGUUGUCCAUCGACGUCGAUGAACAUAAAUGUCAAAAUUGUUGUGAGCAA